CUACCAACUCCGUAGAAGAAGAGAAAGAGGAGAGGGAAAUGGCGAUCGCUCUCCGAUUCGCCGCCGCCGCCCCGACCCCUCCGGCGAUCGCCGGCGCCUCUAGGCACGCGGGAGGAGGAGGAGGAGGAGCGGCGUGUGUCGGCGUGCUGGGCCGUGGCGGCUGGAGACUGGAGGUGUUGGCGGGAACCAGCUCCGCUCGCUGCCGGGGCAAGAGAAGGGGCAGCGUCGCCGUGGACGCCGUUGCUGCUGCCGCCGCCGCCGGUGCCCUAGGGGGGAUCGGAGCGGAAGGCGGGGACCAGCUGAGCGUGGUGAUGAAGUUCGGGGGGUCGUCGGUGUCGUCGGCGGCGAGGAUGCGGGAGGUGGCGGGCCUCAUCCUCGCCUUCCCCGAGGAGCGCCCCGUCGUCGUCCUCUCCGCCAUGGGGAAGACCACCAAUCUCCUCCUCCUCGCUGGUGAGAAGGCAGUGGGAUGCGGAGUGAUCCGUGUUUCAGAAAUUGAAGAGUGGAAUAUGAUCAAAGAUCUACAUAUUAAAACUGUGGAUGAACUUGGACUGCCAAGAUCUGUAAUACACACUAUGCUGGAUGAACUGGAGCAGCUCUUGAAAGGUAUUGCCAUGAUGAAAGAGUUGACACUUCGGACCACCGACUACCUCGUUUCAUUUGGGGAGUGCAUGUCAACAAGGAUUUUUGCUGCUUAUUUAAACAAAAUCGGAGUAAAAGCACGGCAGUGCGACGCAUUUGAUAUUGGUUUCAUAACAACAGACGAUUUCGGAAAUGCGGACAUCUUGGAGGCAACUUAUCCUGCUAUAGCGAAGAGACUACAUGGAGACUGGAUUCGGGAUCCAGCAAUACCUAUUGUUACUGGGUUCCUUGGGAAGGGCUGGAAAUCAGGUGCUGUAACAACUUUAGGCCGAGGUGGCAGUGACUUGACUGCUACAACCAUUGGUAAAGCCUUGGGCUUGAGAGAAAUUCAGGUAUGGAAAGAUGUUGAUGGUGUACUGACCUGUGAUCCAAAUAUCUAUCCGAAUGCAACCACUGUGCCAUACUUAACAUUUGAAGAGGCAGCUGAACUUGCUUAUUUUGGUGCCCAGGUAUUACAUCCACAAUCUAUGAGACCUGCUAGAGAAGGUGAUAUACCAGUCAGGGUUAAGAAUUCAUACAACCCUAAAGCUCCAGGCACCCUGAUCACUAAACAAAGAGAGAUGGAUAAGGUCGUGCUAACUAGUAUAGUGCUCAAGUCAAAUGUCACUAUGUUGGAUAUAGUGAGCACUCGAAUGCUCGGCCAAUUUGGUUUUCUAGCAAAGGUCUUUUCUAUAUUUGAAGAUCUAGGCAUAUCUGUAGAUUGUGUGGCUACUAGUGAAGUGAGUAUUUCUGUGUCGCUUGAUCCAUCGAAGAUCUGGAGCAGGGAUCUUAUUCAGCAGGAACUUGACCAUGUAGUUGAAGAGCUUGAGAAAAUUGCAGUUGUCCAUCUACUUCAGCAGAGGGCAAUAAUAUCACUUAUUGGGAACGUCCGGCGAUCAUCUCUUAUACUGGAAAAAGCCUUUCAAGUGUUGAGGAAAAGCAGGGUGAAUGUCCAGAUGAUCUCACAGGGUGCAUCCAAGGUUAACAUGUCUUUGAUCGUUCAUGAUAGCGAGGCGAAGCAGUGCAUAAAAGCCCUCCAUCAGGCAUUCUUCGAGGACGACGUGCUGACAGAAGUUGAUGAAGGCGCCCUGCACAUGAGCUGACCAGCUUAAUAAACAAGUCCAGAUCAGAUCAGAUUAAUAAACAAAGUCCAUAGAAAAUUGUUGCAGCCUUUUUCUAACAUCGGCUCCAAUCAGUUAUACUUCACUCGCAUGAACAGAAUGCAUAGGUGUUUCCUCCCGCAUUCAGAUUCAGGCCAUUAUCAAAAAAUUCAGAUUCAGGUGGUUUUCUGUGCAUCUGUUGAGAAGUAGUAGUGUAGGAUGAAAACAUCUGGAUCAGUUUGCGUGAUGAUUUGAUUACCUGCCUGAAUAUGCUGAUGAUCAAUGCUGGGAUUUGAAACUGGCAAAUACGAUUGUGAAUUGUGUUUACGUGAUCACUUUCAAAGCUUCCUUUGGAACAUACUGUAGGAGUUUUGCCGGACUUUCACAUGAACUACAGAAUGCCCACGGUUUCAGGAGAUGCCUUCCUCACUGUGUAGUGUAAAGAGCUAACAGAUCGACAGACGGCAUGGAAAACGAUGCGAUGCGAUGCUUGCUGAUGCUGGAGCUGGUCUGCCGUGCACAACAAAGAGUUCGUCGAAGAUGCUGUGUGUGAGAGAUUAUCUGAUGACGACCAAAAAAAUAGCAUUGUCAUCUAAUCAUUCAGUGGUACUACUUUCCAUCUCAA